AACAAACUGAACAAAGAGAAACAGGAUCUUAAACUAGUCUAGUAUUAAUGCAUAUUGCAUUUGAACCAAAAUGCACGAUACCCGAACGAGUGCACGAUAAAGAAGUCUAAAAUUGUUGAUUUAAUUAUUGUAUUUUUCGAAGGUUAGUGAUUCUUUGAAUACGUAAUUUAACCUAAUACGCGGUGUUAAUAACACAUGCAUGAUGGCGUCGUGAACGUUUCUUAUUGAUUACCGAUCUUUGUUCUGCAUGUUGUUAUUAAAGUGUAACACCGAGUGAAAACAGAAUAUUCGUAUGAUAUUAUAAGUACGUUGUGAUUGCCUCAGAAAUAGACAACGUCGUGUUGUAGGCUUAUAAAACUCAUCAUUCUUAUGUAAGUAUUCAUUAAAUCGACGACGUAUAUGCUAGGUGUAUGUAGGUACUUAGGUACAUGUUGUGAUAUAUCAGGUAUCGGAUACUUACUGCUACCUAAUUACUUUUUUUACUAUUUGUUAGCUGCUCAAGCGGAUCAAGAUUGGCCAUCGGCCGUAUAUUAAAAAUGUCUUGGAUGAAAAGGUAUGUCGCUGACAAGUUAAAGUAAUUUUUUCGAUCAUUUAAGUUAAAUUACCUUUAUUCUAAUUAUCUUCAUAGAUAUAAAUAUUAGGGUGAUAUGAUCCAAAGGAUUGUCGUACGUACUGCAACAUUUUAAAAGAUAAUUCGAUAGGCCAAGUAGGAGCCAUUUCCGGCUUGCUAGUAUUUAUCAAAAUAAAUAGGUAACAGAAAAAUAAAUAAAACCUACUGAUAACGUCACAUUUUGUCAUUACAUAUUUACUGUAUUUGAGCAAUGGUAAAAAUGUGCACAAGUCUUAAUUCAUUGUAGCUAUUGAUAUUUUGAGCUUGGAAGUUGGAAGCGCAGUCCAUGCGUCGCCAUUUUGUUUCGUCCGUGUUCAUUUCAUUCUACGCUACGGUGAGAAGGGGACGUUACACGAGAAACGCAAGAUGCUUUGUGCACUACGCCGUCGUCGGUGAAUAAUGUCAAUGAAGGACAUUUUGUUGCGAAAACUUACGUAUUUAUUGUGUUCGAGUGAUGUCUAAUAUUUAAAAUUUAAUUGACACGCCCUGACUUUCGUACGAGUGUUCUAUGUUGUGUGCAUCAUAAUAAUAUGAAAUAGUUAGUGUAGAAGCUGCAAAAAUGGAAAUGGAAUACGAGAAGAAACUAGCCGAAAUGAAGAACUACAUACCAUUCUUGGAUGGCAUGAUAGACAAACUGGAGGAGUCGAAUCAAUGCUCUUUAAACCCUCGUCAAGCACAACUCGAUAAGAUUCGAUCUUUGAGAGAUUUGCUUUUGAACAAGAGCAAAAGAAUGAAAAUGGAUAAUUUGAUGAAAUGUGAACAAGUUCUUCUGAAUUUGUAUGCUAAAGUCGAACAGAGAGAAAAGAAAACGGGUUCUCGUAAAGGUGGUGUUCCUGGAUUUUCUAUAGAUCCUCCUACGGCUGAAGAAAAGUCAAAUUUAGAAGCUGUUAGAAAUAAGCUCAAAACCGUUGUCAAACGGGAAAAAGAGGAAGUUCAGGAGACACUACCCGAAAUUUUAAGAGUUAACGAAUUGGAAGAUGUUCAAACAACAGGUUCUAAGGAACCAGCUUUGUUUCAGAGAAGGCCAAACCUUACUUCAUCAUCUCCAGUACGUAGCACAUCCAGUAAAACAAGUGAUGAAAAAGUGUCUCCUUCAUCAGGCUCAAAGAGGAAUUACACACGGGUUUUAGUGUCUCCCGAAGGUAGCUCAAGGCGAUGGUCAACAUCGGAGUCAAAAGACGAAAAACCUCUUUUUAGCAGACGAUCACCCCGUAGAUCACCAAGACGACGUUCGCCUGCCUACAAUAAAAGAGAGAGAAAAAGAUCGUCAAAAGAGUCUCAUACGAAGAUUGAAUCGGAUAACUCUGGCCGUUUAAACAUAACAUUGGAUGUUCCUGAACACAGUUUAAGUACUCUGGCUAAUAAAGACAUAUUUAAAAGAAUGUUAAAUUGUCGUGAUGAUGACGUUGACAUCGAUACGUUACGAGACUUACGAAAGAGAAUUCUUAAUGAACUGCAUAAGACUGGAGCCAGAGAGGACAUAUCUGACUUAAUUUUAAAAUCGUAUAAAAAGAAAAGUCGACCAAAGAAAGAAGAAAUUGAGGAAGGCGAACUAUCUGACAGUGAGAGUGAAGUCAUUGAAAAUAUAUACGGUAAUUUAGUAGUCAAAGAGCAAACCGAGGUUCAGGGUGGAACCGACACAAGUAAACGAAAAGUCCAAAUAUGUCUUGUACUAAAUUCUGAUAACUCUGAUUCUAAAGUAGAAAUGCCAAAAAAGACAGACUAUUUGGAAUUAGAAAUGUACGAUAAAGAAAGUAAAAGAACUGAUGAAGCAAAUACUACUCCCAAGAAAAACAGUACAACAACGACUCAGAAAAGUGAAGAUAAAGAAAUUAAAACUAGCAACAGUAAAAAGGAUGACAAAGAUUCUAGUAAAGAAAUUCUUAAAUCAAGCCCAACUAAAAACAAAACUAAGGAUGAAACAAAAAGUGGUUCCAAGAAAGAGCCAAUUAAAUUAGAUGCUGAUAAAGGUGAUAUUACACAAAGUACUGAUAAUGAGCAAACUGAUACUACUACUAACAAAAAUCAAGUUAAAAACACUAAAGGAGCAACGAGACUAAGUGAAGAUCUUGAUGUGGUAUAUAUUAAUGAUGACACUUUGUCCACGAAUACCAAUACUGAACAAUCUAGCGAUCAAAACUCUAAAGAAACUGUCUCACAAGGAAAUAAUGAACAGACUAAAGAUAUGCCGCAAGAAACAGUUCAAAACAAAGCAAACUUUUAUAAACCCAUAACUAGUGAAACGAAAACUGAUUCCGCUUCUAUAACGCCUUCCCCUACUAUGAAUAAGAAUAUCGAUGUAAUCGAAGGCGAACUUCAGAAAAUGGAGAGUUCUGUUCAAAUACCUUUAUUAAAUGAACCAACUGUCCAUUCCAGACCUCCGGAUACUAAAGUUUCUGAGAUAGACAUUCUACAGGCUCUUAAGAAUGAGAUCUUAAGCGAAUCAAUUACUAUUCCUGGCUCUCAAACUACUCCACAUUUGCACCAGCCUAAACUCACUAAGGUGGCAAGUGCCAAGGAGAUAUUGCCGAAAAAGCGAAUAUCAAUAGAGAAAUACAAGGAAAAGGUUGUAACUACUAACACUGCUACCUCUAAGCUAUAUUUAGAUGAUUCGUCGUCUGCCAAAGAUGACAAUAUGAAAAAGACUAGUCUGAAGUUAACCGAAAAAGAAUGUGAGAGAUUUAAUAUCCCUACACUAUCAUACGAUGAAGACAGUUCAAAUAGUGAGGUUGAUGACGGCAUUAUGACUAAAGUAGUAACCAACCUUGUUCCAAAAUCACCUGAUCAUGAUGAUGCUAGUGGCGUCGGCUCAGUUCCUCCAGUUAUAAUACCCGCAGACCCCGUCAAAGUAGUACCAGUUCAUAAAGCUGACGUGGACAUGAGAACAUUGCCAAUGUUACCUACAAAAAGUAACACUCCUGCAGUAUUCAGUAAUGUGUCCUCACAACACGAUUUAAUGAGUGAUAAGAAAAGAAAUGAAACAAAAUUAGAUCAAAGUAAGACAAACAAACCAUUAAUUGAUCCACGUACAAGACGGGACUCGAGUGCUCAGCCUAGUAACCAAUACCCUAGUCCGGGCAACAUAGAGGGUACAUCUAGGACAUACCCUAAAACUACUCCAACAGCUACGAAUACUAUUUUGACACCAAACGCUAGAUCAUAUGAAAUGACACCUAGCCACCAACAAUCUUUUGAAAGUGACCAACCAAACAAACACGUUUACGUGCCAACAUUUUCUUCUUUCGAAUCUCGCGACAGAGAUACCUCAGCUACUAGAGAGUCACGUUGGGAUAAAGCUGACCAACCCAUUGAAAGGAAAUCCCGCUUUGAUGAUCACGCAGACGCUAGUUGGAGUUCUAGUGACGUUUCUCAAAGUAUGCGUUUUAACGACUCUUUUGCUGGAGACAAGAACAAAGGCCAAAGAAACGAUAGAUAUAGCAUUGAUAACCGUGACUAUCAUAAUAAACGAGAGGGCUCUCAGUCCUCUUCGUCAUCUUUCAGAAGGUCUGAUUUACCAAUGAUGUCACCUACUUACGGUCGACUUGAAAAACCUAUGACACCCCUGCAUCCGUUUGGAAGGUCUGAGUGCCCUUCUACGCCAAGUCAUCCUUUUGGGCGACUAGAUUGUCCUUCUACUCCGAGCCACCCGUUUGGUAGGAGUGAAUGUCCGCCUACCCCAAAUCACUCCUUUGGGAGGAGUGAGUGCCCGACCACUCCGAGCCAUCCAUUUGGUAGGAGUGAAUGUCCAAGUACUCCAACUCAUUCAUUUGGUGCUGGAGACUGUCCACCAACGACAACACAUUUUUUCGGAAGAAAUGAUUGUCCAUCAAAACCGAACCAUCCGUUUGGAGUACGCGAACGUUCGCAAACUCCUAACCAUUCGUUUGGCCGAACGGAAACCCCAAAUCAAUUCAACAGGUCAGAAUUAAACACCCAUAAAUACAAUAAAGACCCAAGACUAGCAAGAAAAGAUUAUGACACGAAUUCCCAAUAUGAAGAUAGAGAUCGUGGCUCUUAUAAGGAUCGCGAAUACUUUCGCGACAAUUCUUAUAAAGCGCAGAAACCGUAUAGCGGAUCUGAAACAUAUCAUACCAAUGAAAGGGAACAUGGCAGAAACAGCCAAUAUAGAUAUUUUGCUCCAGAACGAAGUGGUCAGCAGUUGCGAAAUGACCAGUCAAGAAGUGAACAUAGAAAUGUGGGUGCUAUGUCCAAGGCUUCUGAAAAUGACCCAAGACAAAGAAGUCGAUUCAAUAACGAAUCUAGAGGAUUCAAGCCUGGUCACCAACGCGAGAGGAGUGUUGGUCGUGAGAGAAGUGUGGGUCGUGAGAGGAGUGUUGGGCGAGAGAGAAUUAUGGGGCGUGAGAGAAGUGUUGGGCGCGAUGCCCGUGAGAAAAGUGUUAAUAGAAAUAUGCAUACCGAAGAUACCUUUACUCGGAACUUAUCUAGAGCACAAAGCGUCGGGAGAAACUCGUCAAUAGACACAGAAGAUACUCUUUCAGUUCAAUCUCAUGCUGGUCGCUCAUUUCGUAUCGAUACUAGUGUUAACGCCACGUUUCAAAACUUCUUAGAACGCGGCAAGGGUAUACAACUAUUCGAGCAAAACUUUAAUGAUAGGCGACGAAGGGCAGCGAGUGUAGGACGAUCCUUAGUCCAUACGCCUAGUCAAGAACGAAGUUUUAAUAAAGAACCAACACCAAGAACGGAUGUGUUUAAAAAAUCAAAUCGUUUUAAAAGAGCGUCAAGUGUGGGAAGAGAUCUUACUCACAGUGCUGCAGAAAACAGGAGCUUCCAAGAAAUAAAGGCUGAUUUUAAAACAUUCAGGUUUCCUGCUAAUGCGUUCUGUAAAUUUGACACUGGUAAAAUACGAAACAUUGACACGAAAUCUAAAACUUCUUCUGACCAUUAUAAUCGCAGUAGAAAAGAUAAUUAUGACAAACAGAAACAGGAAAAACGUGUGCAUGAUUCUCUGAAACUUAUAAACAUGAAAUAUUCUCCAAGAAAAAAUAACCGAGAUCCAAGAAUGCGGAAAGACCACGAUGCGAAAACUAAAUCCGACUCUUGCAGUCUUGACCCUCGCAUUCGAAAAAGUGGAAUAGUCUACUCUAAUGACAAUAUUGUUAAGGGUGCUAUAAUGACGUCUGGUUAUGGAGUAAAAAAUUAUAAAAUACCAAAAAUAAAACGAGUAGAGGAACCUGAGCCCGAGCCUCCUACAAAAGUCGAGCAACCUGCUAAAGUGGAACCUCCCAAAAAACUCGAGACUAUUACAAAAGUUGACGAAAAGGAGAAAAAUAACGAGAAGAAAGACAAAAAGACAACAGAAAAAGGGACAGCUCAAGGAAAUAAAGAGAAAAAUAAAGAAAUUAAAACCAAAGGUACUACACUUGCCUCAGCGGAGGAGGCUAAAGAAACUACCAAAGCUAGUAAAAAUAAAACUGUAUUGAAAAAAAUUAACAAUGAUGUUGAUAAUGAUGUAGCAAGUGACUCUGAAACAGGCAGGAAAAAGAAACAAAACAAAAACGAAAGUCUAUUAGAGGAAAACACAGAAAAAAGACUAACACGGUCGAGCAGAAGGAAUCAGGAAGCCAAGUCUGGGCUAGAAACCUCUACGAAGACGAAAAGAAAGAGACUGAUUAUUGAUGACUCUGAAUCUGACAGCGAUAAAGAGGAUACCGUUAGUACCAUAAACGUUAAGAGUGUUUCGGAAACUAACGCAAGUAUAUAUACGACUUUUAAAGAAAAGAGCGUUUGUUUGAAGCCGAAUGCUGUGGACAUUGUUUCAAGCUUUGGUUUAGAAGAGCUAGAAAUGUUUUCCGAUAACGUCGUUUCAGAUCCCGUCAUCGAUAAUAUUAAUGCACUUAUUGCUGACCUUGACAACGAUCUUGACACGUCAAAGAAUGAAUCUGGUAAUAACUUUACAAAGGAAAUUACUCUUGAAAAUAUGAUGCAGAAUAUUUCUAGUCCUCAUGAAGACAGUGCUAGUAAAAGCGCUGAGGAGUUUUCGAAGGCGUUCCAGCAUGUCAAGGAUAUUCCAAAAGCACAUGAGAACAAUUCUCAACAUAGUCUCUUAACAGAUAUAAGUAGUGUUUCUAAUAAAACUGAAGAUGCUGAUUCGGGUGAUAGAAUAUCUAAAGAAGAUUUAGACGAAACCCAGGAAUCGAAGACCAACGAUUCAGAAAAGAAAGUUGUCGAAACUGAAACAACAAAAAGCCCUGAAAAAAUGAUAUCUGAAGAUGAAACUGUGCCUAAAACUAGUUUAUUCAAGCCACUUGAGGUGGAAAAACCUAAUGACGAUAUUGUUUCGACUAGCGAAUCUGAUAAAGAUGUUAAUUCAGCCAAAGUAGAAGAACAAGAAGUAGAUGGUUGUUCGACACCAGACAGUACUAUAAACACUGAUGAAGUUUUUGAAAAGCCGCCGAAAGAGGGCUUGCCUGAUAGCACUAAUGAAACGCAGAGCGAAACGAAUGUAACAUCAAGUGACUCUACUGAACCUAAACCUAGUUCAACACAGCCAGAAGGUACAGACUUAGAUUCCAUCGGCAGUUUGCUAUCAAUUUUGAAAAAUAAAUCUAAAAUAAAAGAUCUUCUGAGUAUGUUGAGCGAUCAAUCGGGCGACAAUGAAAAAAUUAAGAAAAAGCUGGAGAAACUAAGUGAAAUUGUAUCAGAUGAUGAAAAUGAGAAUGAUAGUCAGCCUAAUGAUUUACCAGUUAGUAACAGUGAGGCUUCAAUCCCUAUUGCAUCAGAUAUAAAGGAGCCCGAAAAGGAGCCUACGAAGGAAGACCAAAAACAACCUGCAGAUGACGAGGGUGAUGAGAAAAAUACAACAGAUUUGGAUGCUGAGAAAAUCGAAGAAGGCAAUGUGAUCGAGGAACAGCCGGUGACUGAAAACAAACCUAAGAAGAAAACUCCUGCUCGAAGGGGUAAAUUUUCACGAAAAAACAAAGGUAAGGCGAAGGGAGCAGCAGCACCAGCAACUAAACGAGUCACAAGAGCUACAGCCACGGCGGCAGACACACAACCGAAAACUAAGAAACCACCACGUGAGUUAGUGAAACUAUACAAAGACAUACAAGAAAUGUUUAUCAAGGAGGACAUUUUGAAUACUACUUCAGGCAUAAGAAUGUGCCGGAUGGCUAAAUUAGUGGACGAAAAAACAACAAACAAAGAAGAUACAGUUCUACCUGAACCUGAGCCCAUAGUAGUACUGGAAAAGUUUAAAAGCACUCCUGAAAAAAUACCGGAGCAAUCUGAAAAGAUAAAGAAAAAGCCUGGCCCUAAACCGAAGACUAAAACAAGUGUUGAAAGUUCACCUGAAAUAGAAAAACCAGAAAAGACAGUUAAGCAAAAACCUGGUCCCAAAUCCAAAACAAGAUUGAGCAAAGAAUCAGACCCGUAUGCUUUUGAAACAGACUCUAUUGAAACCGCUACUGAAAAAGCAAGUGAAGAUGGAUAUGACACUAGCAGUGAUUCAGAACUUGGUUCAAUAGCGUCAUCGCAGAGCAUCAGUGGCAGUAGUGAGUUAUUGGCAGAUGGUAAAAAGAAAUCCAAGCGGAAACGACGUGGUUGGCAAGAUGGGAUAAUAAAACCAAAGCAUAAAAAGAAAAAAGCAGACUCGAAAGUAGAACAAGACGCACCAAUCGCGAAGCAAAGCUUCCAAACGGAUUUGAGUUGCUUUACAGAUAGAAAUUACUGCUUCCGUAAGAAUGAGUCCAAGUAUCCGUGCCGGUUAUGUCCCUACAGCGGUGGAGACAUAGUUCAUCACUACAAGAAUGAGCACCCGCACAUCGAGAUUCCUCUGUCGAGGGUAGCCCCGCAAGUCGCAGCGGAAGUAAUCGAACAGUGCACAGACCUUGAUUUUGAAGUCGUCGGACAGAUACCGUCAUCAAAAUACGUUUGUCUCUUCUGUUUCAAAGAGUUUGCAAACAAUAGCUCUGUACUAGAAACAUUCUUUUGGCAUGUCGUAAGUAUUCAUACUGGGGAAUAUAAGAACGAUUGUUGUACAAACGGUGGUAAUGAAAAUCGAUGCCCAUCCAACCUGGAUAUCCCUCCGCCACCAGAUUUAGCUGGCCAACUUAUUGGCUACCUUUGCGGGAAAUGCAAUUUUAUACAAAUAUCUUUAGAAAAUUUAAAGACUCAUGUAAUUGAACGACAUAAUGAUGACGAAACAGCCGUGUAUACCAUCAAUUUAGCGGCGAUGUCUAAAAAGGAUUUCAAACUAUUUCUGCGCAGAUGCAACGCUGCUGAACGCAGUAAGCAGCAGAUUUCAAAGCAAGAUCAAGCUCAGACAGCUUCGCCUACUGUUAAAAAUAUCGCAAGUGAACCUGAGGUCAUAAUCCCUAGGGCAGUGGCUGCACUUAAAAAUAUCCAGUCCAAAAUAACUUUUGAAGCUGACGAUAGUGUUAGUGACACCCCGAAAAUGCUAAGGAAAAAAUCAAGUAAAGCAAUAAAAAUUAAAAAAGAGGGCUUGGAUGAAGGUUUCGGUGCCGAGGCAAAAUCUGAUGACGCUGAAGUAAACAGAACUCCACAAAUGGAUGAAUCUCAGUCUACAUUAGCUUCACUCGCUGAUGAGGAAUCUAGCCAAGCUUCCGAUGACAUUCUUGAUUACCCACAUUUCAAAAUAAACUACACUGCCACAGGUGCUAAGGAAUACAUUUGUUGCAUAAAUGGGAAAGAUAAUCACUUCAAGACCACUCUAUUGAUAUCCAUGAAGAAACAUGUGCAAUCCAAGCACUCUGAAAACUGGGAUGGAUAUUGUUACGUAUGUAAAGUUAUUGUGACACCGCAGGGAACGCAUCCUUUCAAGGAGUGUCUCCAACACUAUCUGGACAAACAUAUUGAUAACUUCCCUGUUUACCGAGAGGAAAAUCCACAGAUAUUGGCAGGAAGUAGUCCGGCCUCGACUAAGAGUUACAUUAACGUUCGACCACUGUCAGAAUUGAUAUCGGGUGAUAAUUCUGCAGUAGACUGCUCUCAAACAGUACUGCCAGUGAUACAGAAUGUUAUGAGCUUGGGCGCGCAGCCAGUUGACGUUCCACAACCGAGCCCAUCCUACCCAGUUAUAGAAGAGAAAAAGACAUCCAAGGGUCCGUUUAAAUAUGAGGAAGUGCAAGCAGACGUGAUGUCAAAGAAACACCGCGUUGUGCUCGAAACAAUGUUGGUCCGAGAGAAGUUGAUUAACAUUUAUAAGUGCGCGGGUCGAUUCUGUUCAUUUACAUCGGAUUCCGCUGAAGAUGCCUUACAGCAUGCUAACACGCAUCAGCGUAUAGGAGGUAUUGAUGCGUUGAACUGUUGCUAUUGUGAUUUCGACGCGAUGGGGAAUGCUAUAGACCUGGUGAUGCACGUGUUCCGAGUUCACGGGCACUGCCAGUACGCGUGCGGACAGUGUUUCUACCGGGCGGCCGCGAGUCAGUCUGUCGGGGUCCACAUGACCAGGGUCCACGGUGCAUGCCUCGCCACGUCGACCGUGCUGCGGGCGAAAGCUGCCAAACCAAAUACAAUUACCGAACAGAUGUUGACACGAGAACAAGCUGUGCCGUAUUACGUCUGCAAACAUGCGAAAUUGGAUGAAGUCUGCAAAUUCCGUACCUACACUCCGGAAAAAUUCAGUGAGCAUUUACAACAAAGGCACGCCGACGCCGCUAGUCAUCCUUGCUAUCUAUGCCCUUUAAGAGCUAAAUCACCGUCAGACCUUGUCCAACACAUGCAAUCCCACGGGCUGAAGUUGUACCAGUGUACGUGGUGCGUCUUCGGUGCUAAGAGUGAGACCGAGAUGCUGACUCACUACUCUGUGGUACACCCAUCGAAGCAACCUCAAACAUACGUACGGAUCAUCACGAACAAGGAGGGUUCCAACGAACUCAGAGUACUGCCUUUAGCGUUCCUGAACAAAUUAAAGGUAGCGACAGAAGAUGUCGCUCCGACAGUAGCCAAGGAAAACCCGGCGCGCGAAGCAGAGCGCUCGCUAGACCUCGAAAAACUUAUAGGACUCGCAAUGUUCAGUGCACCCAUGCGCGAUGACCAUGAAACUGAUGCCUUAGACGCUUCUGGGCUGAUACAUGAUCCCGGACUGCGUUCAGUCACAGCCCUCAUUGAACCACAGUUACUUAGCGAUCUAACCGUCACUAAAAGUGACAGUACGAAUACACUAUCAGAAGAUAAGCUGAAAGCUCAAGAAAGGAUUGAUAUCUCAGUCACUGUAGAGCCAGUACCGAUUGCUACGGUUGAUCCGCUGCCGAAAAUAGAGCCUGUCUCCGUGAAAAUAGAACCUGCGGAUAAUACCAGGUUGAUAGAAGCUGAAAUAGUCGUGUUGGACAGUGACGACGAAGAUGCUACAUCCACUCCUAAACAGCGGAACCAAUCAUUCGAAACGGUAGACCUCUCCGAUGAAGAAAAUUCCGUUAGUCAUCAGAAAAACCCCUCUCUUUCUACUCCCAAACCGAACUCACAAAAUAUAGACAAACAAAGCGUGUGUCCCAAGUGUAUGCAGAUUUACAAAUCUAUGAAAGGACUGAAGAAGCAUCUGUACUACUGUUAUAAGAACAAAGACGAGCCCUGCGAAUGUCCACAUUGCUCAUUCCACGCUAAGGACAGAGAUGCUAUUCUGGAGCAUUACAAAACCAGUCACGGUGACAAAGAUCUGGGUGUAAACUUUUUAUCAGGGGUCGGCCUUAAAAAACUCGUAAGGACUGUACACAAGGACAAGGAUUUGACAAUGCCUGCCCAAACAGCGUUAAACGUUGGUCCCUCUAAUGCUCAAGAACAAGACGGCCAGAAAAGAAGGUCAAGCGCCACAGAAACAGCAAAACGGCAUUUCAUGCCUCAUGAAAUAAACCAGUUACCUAUAAAUCCUAUUCUAGACCAAUUAGUGUACUGCGCGAUGUGCGGGUUCAGUACUAAAGUGCGGUUGAACAUGUUCCGACAUUUGCAACUCCACGCGCAACAGCAGCCGGUCGCGCAGACCGCGCCCGUCAACCCCGUACCGCACCUCGAGACCAACGAGAAGCACUUCGACAAGAUGGUGAACCUGGCCUCCAGCUCGUCCAGCGUCGGCAAGAAGCAGCCCGAGCCGCCGCCCUCACUGAAGCCGGCCAACUUUGUAGGCGUCCCCAUGGCGCCUGAGGUGGCGGCGCGAUACCCCAAGCAGAUAUCGGCGAGGGAGCGCAACACUUGCGGCGCUAUCGGCUGCACCUACAUCUCCGUCGACGAGGCCAUGCUCAAACGUCAUUGGGAAGCUCUACAUUCUGGGAAUACGAAUUUCCGUUGUGUUCACUGCCCGCAGACGCAGACCCUCGACACCUCGCGGCCGCUGACCGCUCCCCGAGUACUGUCACACUUGAGAAUGCAUGACGGCACGUUAUACGCUUGUUCCAAGUGUCACUACUACCAUUACAAGCGCGACUUCUUGGAGAGACACCUCACAGAGACCCACCAGAGCACGGGCCUGCUGAUGAUAGUGCGCGAGGAGCUGAAGGGUCCGCGGUCCGCGCCCCCGCCAGCCCCGCCCGCGCCCCCGCCCGCGCCCACCAUGGACCUCAAGCCCUGGCAGUGCGGGCUCUGCAGCUUCAAGAGCAUGCUGCGCCCGGAGGUCGUCGACCACUGCUUUAACCUCCACCAGUCUAAGAUGCAGUUCCGAUGUGCGCACUGUCCCUACAGAGCGUCCGCCAUCGAAAAUGUGAAUAAUCAUUUAGCACACUCACACGCUAACGAGGCUGAAGAAGUUAUCCAUUACUACUACCGCGAGGGGUCGCUGCCGGACGAGGGUGGAGUCCCGCGGUGGAUGAAACAACGGCAGCAGAUGGGACCUAACGUGCCGGAGAUCAAGACUGAGACUCAAGUGUCUCCGGUCCGAUCUCCUGAGCGGACUCCGGUCACUGUAGACCUCAACCUGGUGAAGACGGAGGUCGUGGACCAGGCCAGCCCGGGCGCCGCGGUGACGGUGGACGAUGUGUGGAAGCGGUAUGGCGUGUUCUGUGCGCCUAAUGGUAUCAAGUACAAGUGCCCGCUGUGCAGCGUCGUCAUGGAGGACACGAGGGAAGCCAUGCAGUCACACUUGUAUGAAGAGCUUAAAUAUAGAAAAUGGGGUUGUGCUCUCUGCACGUACAAAGCAUUCCACAAAGAAGGUCUCAACGACCACAUGACGUCAGAGCAUCGCAGGCAAUCAGAUCCGAUACAACUACCUAUCAACAGUUCCAUUGAAACCUGGGUACAAGCCCAAUUGGACCACCAAGCAGCCAUAAUCGAAAAGCACAAGACUAAUUUGGCUAAACAGAAGAUUGUCGUAGAAAAACCGACCCCUGGGCCUUCGACCGCACCCACAACACCCGUUGAACUUCAAACGACGUUCACACUCGCAGACCUAGAGGCAGCUUUUGGCGCGUUUGGCGCCCCCAAGAAUAUGAUGUUCUGUUGCCCCAAGUGUAACGCUCUGCAAAGAGACGAGGCGCUCAUGAGAGAUCAUUUGGAAAUGGAGUUAAAUAAAAUAAGGUGGUCUUGCAACAACUGUUCAGAAAAGUUCCAGACGUACCAUGAAGCUCAGUUCCACUGUAAAACUCAUGAUGUUCCGUCAAACCCGAAGGAAGCGGUCCGCGCGCCGGCCAUGCGCGCCGCCUGGGUGACCGCCAUCCUACAGACUCAGAGAGAACAACUGCAAAGCUCCUCUGUUAUACCCUACACAAAUGCUCCGACACCAGAAAAGAAUGUAGAACAGGAAAAUUCUCUGCUUGUUGUGCGAUACGAAGAGCGGGUCCCUACUCCCGAUCAAGCGAUGAGUAGGAAGCGAGCCGCCGCGGACAGUGAUGACGAGCGGCUGGUGAUCGACGAGCCGGCGCGCAAGAAGCCGCACGCCAGCCUGCGAGCAUGCACCUACUGCGGGUUCAAGGCGAAACACCAUAGCGCCUGGAGGGAACACAUACUCAAGCACUUCAACCUCAAGCCCUACACCUGCGCCUACUGCGACUUCAGCAGCUACAGGCAGAGCGUCAUCAACCACACGCAGGGAAUGCACCCGAACGUGCCAGUACGCUUGAAGCUAACAGAAAUGCCCUCCGAAGGACCUAUCAUAAACUCUCCAAAGAGAAAAGCACAAGACGAUGACCCAUCUAAACUAAUAUGCUUAGUCUGUGAAAAGGCGUUCACCGAGGCAGACGCCGACACUCAUUCACAUAACUCAGUCAAGCCUGACUUUGCCAAGAAGGGCGAUGUCGUCGUCAAAUGCUGUAUCUGCCUCCAUCUGCGCUUAGAUGUGAAAUCAUUGCAGGAUCACCACAAUGCAGCACAUCCGAAUCAACAGGUGAACUACGCGUUGUUUAAGUUACACUUCGACACAAGGGAGACACAUAACUGUGACCAUUGUAACACUGGGUUCAAAUACUUGCGAGAUCUGAAGUCGCAUCAUAAUGCGGUUCACUCGACGCACCCGCUCAGGUACACCACUACGCCAUACUCGCCUCAACUCACAGACUUUGCAAGUAGAAUGAGAGAGCAGAAUACCCUUACACCAACAAAGCGAUCAGCAAGGAAAUCAACCACGAAGUUGCCCGGGUAUAAGUCCGUAGCCAAGAAGUCUACAACUAAACUGCCAUACAGCGACUCUAGCAGUGACGAAGAAUACUCUUACUACAACACUCGGCCGGAGCCCUUAGAGAAAUACGCGAAUGUCACGACAUUGAUGUCCUUCUGCAACCGAAUGGUCCCUUUCACACUCAAGAAACUGAGCGAGAUCAUAAACAUUGAACCUAAAGUAAUCGUAAAAGACAUUCACAAGUCAACCCAGUGAUGUGUUUAGGUGUUUAUUGUGCUAUUUUGAACAAUCAAUAUUAAUAUGUAGAUACAGUAUUAAUAACAGUCAGAAUUUUGUAGUUAUCAUCGCUUGGCGAUUUAAAACGCUUAUAUUGUAUUGCGUCUUGUACGUCACAUUGAUUUUUAGUAACAUAAGUUGCUAAGAACUUUUCCUGUGGCGGUGAAAAGGCCAAAUUAGAUUAUCCUUUUUUACUUAUGUAGUUCAUGUAUAGCUUAAAUAGAUCUAACUAUCUACCUGACGUAUUCCUAGAUAUUGAUAUAUAAUUAUUCAAGAGCCAUUUACACACUUCUUAGAAUUAGCAGCACUUUGACUAGCUUAGCCGUUAUAAAUAGAUCUCUUUGCCUUUUUUAAUACGGGACACACAUUUUGAUUACAAUACAUUUAAACUUGGCGUACAUUUUAUUAAACUUUACAAUAUCAAACGUUUACUGUAGAGAAAUCUGUGAUUUACGAUACAUUCUUGUAAGAUUUAUAUUUUUAGAUAUAAGUAGGGUAUGUAUAAAAUAAUUUUGAGCAUUUAUUGAGCGGUUGAGUUCCUUUUUUGUUCACUUUUGUUGGGCCGUCGACUUGAUAUAGAAGCAUUGAUGUAUUUACCAUAAUCAUUAUUAGUUGCUUAGUGCUGUAUAAUUGAUACUGCCACAAGGACUUUAUUAUAAGUAAAAAAUAAUGAUUUAUCAUAUUUUUAGAAAUUUUUGAAAUGUAGAAUCUAGUUCCUUAAGUAACGUUAGCAUAAAAAUGUGAACAUUAUUGUAAUUAAGAAUGAAAGAGUAUGUUUUAAAUUCGAGUCUACGGUCUCAACAGAGCCACAAUAAAGCUAUCUUCCAAUUUAAAUAAUAAUUGAUUGUAUUCUGUAAUUGUAACUCCAUUUUGUAUAAGUGAAGUUUGAUUAUUUCACCGCUAAUCGUUUAGUUAUGCCUCGUAUGAUAAUUGAUGGUCAUACGGUUAGAUACUUGAUUUGCCAAAUGAUAAUGAUUCAGAAAAUAAAGGUUUUUUUUUCAGAAAUA